CUGAAGCAUUAUCCACGUUGAACAUGGGUAUCUUCAGAUUGGCUAUGAUGCCGUUGCUCCCAGCGAGCUGCAGAACGAAAUACCAAUGAACGGAGGUAUACUCACGCAGGCACACAAUGCCGCUGUGGAGGCGGAGAGAGGGCUGCCCUCCGGCACUCUCAUCCAAAUCUACCAAAGGCGCGAGGACCUGAUCCGAGCGGCCGGUCGAGCUCUCUUCACGCAGCUUCGAUAUGCUCCGCCCACUACAGAUCAGCUGCGCAAAGCAGCGCGCAAUCACUUCAUCUCUCGCAUGGCAGCCUCUCUCGAGCUCCAUAUGCCGAUGUGGGUCGAGUACGCAACUGCCGGACCACGACCGUCUUUUGAACAGGUGAUGCAGCAAGCCGAUGGUAAUCGUGAGCCGCUGAUGCAUGGCUUGCCCGCAUGGUUCACAACCGAGCAUAAUUCCUGGCUGGCUUCGAUCACCGGAUUCGAUGAGUACGAAGUCUUGGAGUCAUACCAGCAAGACCCAAAUGUGCAGCGUAUCGUGGAAGAGAUACGAGUCGGCGGGCCUGCGCCUGCAUAUGGCGAGCUCUUUACACCUCCGCCAUAUUCUCCGCCACGUCCACGAACAUUCGCAGAGGAACGCGCUUUCGGCGAUCCUUGGAUCCGACGUCCUUCGAUCUCCAGAAGGCCACAUUUGGGAGACCGAUACAACAACUCAAGGCUUCCGGACUCAAUCGCAGCAGCCGAUCCUUCGAACUGGGUAUUUCCCACUGAGCGUGCACCACCUGCGAAUGGGGGUGCCAGCAGCGAUAGUCCGCCUUCUUACAGCAAUGCAACGCGUGACCCAGCGAAUGCCCACGCAAGACGCAGAGCUCGUAUUUAUGCGGCGACCAUGACCGGCAGGCUUUCCAAGCUGCUCCCGCCAUCUGAUAUCUCUGAAGUUGAGACGGUGACGGAAAGUGACUCGACUGACACUGACGAAGAUCUCAUGUCCCAGCUCGGACAUUUCUUGCAAGCGGACACUUCUCUCUCUACAAACCAUCUGGUGCCAGGGCUGUUCAACUACAGACGCCCAAGCAUUUCUGGCUUCUCGAAUGCCAGGUCUGGGCCGCCGCACGCGCCUACACCACCUGCCUACUCUCACAAUCGGCACCUCUCGCUGCGCGGUGCAACACCUGCUCGACGGCUCAGUCUUGCGCCGCUGGCCCCGUCGUCGCAAAGGGCAUAUGGCAGCUUCAACGGCGUGCCCCAGAGAGUGCCAGUGAACCACCGGUCAACUUCACAACGUCAUGGUCGUCUGCAGAAUACGCCUCGCUCAGAACAUCGCGCGAAUAGCGCAUUACAAGCCGUGGAGGCAGGUGUGCUGAACGGUGUGCGCGACGCUUGUUUGGAAGCUCACGACCCUACUGUGGAAACAGAGACAGAGAGUGAGAGUGAGUUCGAGGGGUUUUCAGAUGCGGUGGAGGAUGAGCCAGAAGCUCCUAUGAAACGCGACAGUGUUCCUCGAAGGAAGUCGAGUGUCGGAGGAUCAGCGAGAAGGACGAGAAGUAAGAUGCAGAGAAGGACACAACUAUGA